AUGGCCAAGCUCAACAGCUUCUCAGUCGUGGUGGUGGCAGCCAUGCUCUUAGCUUUUGUGGUGGCUGCUGAACAAGAUUUUAACUCUUUGAUGCUUUGCUCAAAAAAACUAAGUCCAGACUGUGGGCAAGAAAUCUUCUCGGAUAUCUUUUGGCAAAAUUCUAAGCCAGUUAGUGAUUAUUGUUGUCACUCGCUUGCAAGAUUAGGUUUAACAUGCCACAACAGGUUAUUUGACAAUAUCGUCAAUACCCAACAUGGCUACAAAUCCAACGAAACCAUAACACGACCAAGAAGUGUGCAAAUCUGGAAUAAGUGUGCUUUAGUCGCAGGGGUUGUUGCACCCGCUCUUAAGUAG